UUUGAAGCUUUAAUCAUGGGUGGAGAAUUCAAAAUGGAGCACAUUUUUGAAAAUGUUGAUCGUAUGAAGCCCAAUGACAAACUGCACAGUGAGAAGGAAAAUUAUUUGAACUGUUGGUGGAGAAUUCAAAUCACACGUUGCAAUGACGAUUUCAAAGUCGGAAUGUGCUCGAGACGAAGAUCUGGUCAGGAGAGUCGCAAGCUUCAAGCAGAUCUCGACAUGAUUAUCAGCUCGGGCAGUGACAAUCGGAUGACUGCAAGACUGAAUGACGCAGUGUUCGAGCCGUCAGCGGGGUACUGUAGCCAAGGAAAAGACAUUUUCAAAUGGGGAUCUGUUGUGGAUUUUUUGGCUGAUGGAUGCUUGAAGGUUGAAGUUCGAGUGAACAUCACUGGUUCUGUGGUAGCUCCGCCGAUUUCUAACGGCAUGGAUGAGUUCAGGCAAGAGAGAUAUGUUAACGUGAGAAGUUUCAUCGACAAAUAUGCUCCUGACAAGAGAUCCGAGACGAUAAAGCAGCAGCUUCCGAACAAUAUAACCCAGAAUUCUCCAAAAAAUUCUUCUAUAAAAUCAGUCCGAUUUUCCCCAACUCCGAGUCAGUUUGCAAGAUCCUACUCAUUUCGCAAGAGGGUCACCGCUUUGGAGUCCGAAAAAAAUAGUGUGAGCUCUGAAAUUGAGAGCAUUGCCGAUAUGGUGAAGCAGCUGUCACUGAUCAAUGAUUCGAUGGCAAGGGAGACCGAGCAGAUUGCGAAGGUCAAUGUGAGGCAGGAAGGUAUAAGGCAGGCACGUAGGCAAGACGAAUCAAGUCCUAGUUUCAAGAAAAGUGAGCCAUUACUUUCCCCUCCAACUACGGCAAAGGCCAAUUUUGGACGAGAAGGUACAAGGCAGGUACGUAGGCAAGACGACACAACUCCAGGUAUUACGAAAAGUGAGCCAAUAUCUCCACUUGGACAUGGAAGUAUAAUGCAAGCGCGUAGGCUGGAAGAAGUUUGGAAGCAUCCACCUAGGCGCCCUAAGGCCUAUCAACUGGAUCAGAGCCCCCCUGAACAUCAGGCUGAUUUGCUGAAGUUUCUAGAGGUCCGCUAUGAGAAGUCGAUUGUUACAGACGCUAAUGUGGAUCUACUUUUACAAUUUGCAAUCCGAAAAAGUGAUCUGGUGGUUCUGGACAAGUGCGAGACGUUUUUAAUGCUGAAAUCUAGGAAAUCCAUAAGUGAGCUGCUCAAAAUCGCUAUGGAAUUCAGCUUGGAGGCCUUGAAGAUCCACUGCUUAUCGAAAAUCACGACUCUUGAUCAAGUAACAUCGGUAAUUAGCGAUUUGACGCUCAGCGGAUUGGAUAGGUCUUUGCUGGAAGCUUUGAUGUCGAGGACUCUUAAAUUGAAAUAAUGAACCUUUCAAAUUAU